AUGGUGUUUGUUCGAAUUCAGCCUACCACCAAUGGUAGAAUCAUAUUAGCAUGGAAUGCUUCAUCUUUCCAUGUUAAUAUAUUAGCUAUGUCAGCUCAAGUUAUUCACUGUAUGGUAGAAGUGGUGAGUAACAAAACAAAAUUUUUCUGUACAGUUGUUUAUGCUUUCAAUCAGGCUGAGAAAAGAGGAGGUCUAUGGAAGGAUUUGGUGGAUUUUGAGUCAAAGGUGAAGCUCCCAUGGUGUUUAGGUGAUUUUAACUGUAUGAUGAAUAGAGAGGAAAGGAUGGGAGGGAAUUCGAGAGAAGCUGAUCUUUUGCCCCUGAGGGAAUGUGUGGAUAAAUGUGGCUUGAGUGAUCUCAAAUCAACUGGGGCUUUCUACACCUGGAACAAUAAACAAGAAGGUGAAGCCAGAGUGUUUAGUAAGCUAGAUAGGGCAUUAUGUAAUGAGAAAUGGCUGGAGGUUUUUCCCACUUCUGAAGCUUGGUUCAUGCCUGAAGGUUUGUUUGACCAUAGCCCAAUCAUGGUCAGAGUUCAUAAGGAGAUAAUGCAGGGGAAUAAACCUUUUAUGUAUUACAAGAUGUGGAGCAAUGCCCCUGAUUUUCAGAGAAGAGUUAGGGAGGCUUGGUCUUUACAAGUUACUGGUACUACCAUGUUUAGUGUAGCACAAAAGUUGAAGAAUGUGAAGAAGGAAAUGAAGAAGCUGAACAAGGAAGGGUUUGAUAGCAUUCAAAUAGCAGAUGCACAGCCUAUGAGAAGCUGUUAG